AUGACUAUGACAGAUCAAGAGCGCGCACAUGAUAGAAUGAAUAUCUCGGACAACGUCUUUAGAGACAAUACUCGGAUUCGGCAAGGUGACAGCGCUAGGUUCCAACUUAACGGUCCUGGGAGUAUUCAGAAUAACAAUACAGGCAGCCAAAUAUCUGCUGUUGGCUCCAAUGCAUCGGUGAAUUUUCAUUACAAUCGAGGCAGUACCAACAAACAUCAAUGCCUCGUAGACCUGCGCUCCACAAACCCCCGCGACGACAAGGCUCGCAUCGAACAUAGCAAAGGGCAUCUUCUACCAGGCUCGUACCAAUGGGUGCUCGAGAAUGCCGCUUACCAACAAUGGCGCCGCACUGAAAACACCCAGGUGCUGUGGAUCAAAGGUGAUCCUGGCAAGGGCAAGACGAUGCUGCUCUGCGGAAUCAUUGACGAAUUGACAGCCUUAGAACACUCUACCAAUCAACAACCUGGCAUGCUAGUAUCUUACUUCUUCUGCGAGGCAGCUGACGCACGUAGCAAUGACGCUACAUCUGUGCUUCGAGGGCUCAUCUACCUCCUUGCUGACAAGCAGCCGUCUCUCAUCAGGCGAAUACAAAAGAAGCAUGACCACGCUGGAAAAGCACUCUUUGAAGAUACAAACGCCUGGUUUGCCGUUUCUGGAACCUUCACAGAGAUUUUACAAGACUUACAGUCAAAGGAUACUUAUUUGAUCAUUGACGCGCUGGACGAAUCAUCAUCUUCAUCUCACGUCAAGUGGAUUAUCUCAAGCCGCAAUCAGCCUCAGAUUGAACGGAGAAUAAAGUCUGACCAGCACUGGGUUACGCUGAGUCUCGAGCAAAAUGCGGAACACGUAUCUCGGUCUGUUGAUGAGUAUAUUAAGCUGCGUGUUGCUGAUUUGGCAUCAAUCGCCGAAGACGAGGCCCUUCAAAGUGAAGUUAGGAAUAUCAUGCGACAAAAAGCUCACGGUACCUUUUUGUGGGUUUCGCUUGUUAUUGGAGAGCUUGAUGCAGCUUCGAGCUGGGAGAUCCAGAAACAUAAGCCGUGGAUAGUGGAAAAGUGCUGGCUCCUGCUUUCCACCGCCGCUGUGGCCUAUCGACCGCUUCAACUAGAUGAAUUAGCCCUUUUGGCCGGCGUCCAGGAUAGAGAUUCAGACAAACUUCAGUUCAGCACGGAAGCUGUUGAACCUCAGUUCAUCACUGAAGUUGUUAAACUCUGUGGCUCCUUUCUCACAAUUUUGAACGGAGACGCAUAUCGGAAUAUCUUUCCUUUCGGAAUCAAUUACACGCAUCAUGCUAUCUUCUGGAAAUCUAUCCAAAUUAUGUGUCGUGUUCUUAGACGAGAUAUAUACGGCUUGGUCAAUCCUGCAUUUCCAAUUGAUAAGGUCCAGGAACGUAGCCUAGAUCCUUUAGUUGGUGUUUACUACUCGUGUGUUUAUUGGGUGGAUCAUCUAGAAGAGGCAGAGCAAACAAUGCAACAACGUGGCGACGCCGAACCUUCCGAUGACCUAAUAGUAUACAUUUUCUUGAAGAAUCUUUUUUUAUACUGGCUAGAAGCUCUCAGCCUCAGGAGAAGCAUAUCAAGCGGCGUCUUAGCAGUAGCGAAAUUGGAGCAGCUUCUUUCCACAUAUUCUUCGGCCCUGAUAUUCAGCCCAACGCGAUGUUUAAUACGACAAUACUUUCGGCAUGAACAACCUCCGUGGAUAACCAUUCUUGAAGGUCACACUAGUUCGAUUAAUGCGGUAUCUUUCUCUCCCGAUUGUCAACGACUAGCAUCUGCAUCCGAUGACUUUGCGGUGCUUCUUUGGGAUGCGAAUACUGGUGCGUUACUGAAAUCCCUUACAGCGCACACAAGUAAAGUCUUAUCAGUGGCCUUCUCCCUAAAUGGUGAAAGGUUGGCAUCAGGCUGUCACGAUGGCAGAGUAUGCCUUUGGGACGUUGAUACUGGUGCGAUGGUCUGGAAUGCUAAAAAACACGACAAUCCGGUUCUCUCAGUAAUAUUCUCAUCUGAUCAUGGACAUGUAACAUCGGCGUCUGUGGGUGGUUUGAUAUGGUCUUGGGACGUGAGGACGGGUGCGCUACUAUCGGCCUUCGUUGAGACGACGAAUGUUACAGUAAUAGCCUUUGCGCCUAACGGGAAAUGGGUAGCGACAGUAUUUGAGGAGAGUGGGAAAAUGCUUGUAAAUCUUUGGGACGUUCGUAAUGGGAUGCUGUUACGAACCUUCAAAGGUAGCAAUUGUCGCGUCUGGUCAAUAAUCUUCUCGCCGGAUGGCGAACAACUGGCACUAACAACAUAUGACGCCGCAGCACCGUCUGGGAGACGGGAUUCGGUACACGUUCAUUAUAUUUGGAGACUUUCUGAACGGGCUCUUGAGAAACACAAAAUCAUCAACGGGGACUUUGGUAGAGUGUGGUCAGCAGCCUUCUCGCCUGAUUGUAAAACGCUGGCAGCAGGAUGCGGUGACGGCAUGGUGCGGCUAUGGGAUCCGACCACGGGAAUGUUGAUACGGUCUUUGAAGGGAAAUACGAACCAAGUGAAUUCAGUGGUAUUCUCAUCUAACGGCCAAAAACUAGCAUCUGCCUCAUACGACGGCAUGCUUCGGCUCUGGGAUGUACAUGCGGCAGUGCCAAAACAGGCUCUUGUUCAAAGAAGCCGAGUCACUCUGAUGGCGUUUUCGCCAGAUUAUCGACAGCUGGUAUCAGCGUCGUACAGCAAAACCUUGCUGCUCUGGGAUACCAGCUCGGGCUGGGUGCAGCACGAGCUCAAGGAUCUAAAGAGCCGAGUCUGCUCAGUAGCCUUCUCUUCUAAUAGCAAGGUGCUUGCGGCAGGAUUUUGCGAUGGCACAGUGUGGCUUUGGGAUACACAAACAGCUGAGCGGCUGAUGGUCCUUGACAGCAACAUAAAUUACGUGGCAUUUUCUCCGGAUGGUCGACUGUUGGCCUCAGCCCUAUAUGAGGGUACCCUUCUGCUCUGGGAUAGAAGCACAGGUGCAGUGAGAAAUAUACUCAAAGGCCACACGGGUAAAGUUAACUCAGUUGUUUUCUCAUCUGAUAGCCGGAAACUCGCGUCGGCAUCCGAUGACAGUGUAGUGCUGGUCUGGAAUGUAGCUUCCGGCGGGUUACUCUUGACUCUCCAAGGCAAUACAGAUCGGCUCUUGUCAGUAGCGUUCUCGCCUGACAACCAAAGACUUCUAGCAAAUUCCCACAAUGGUAUGCUCUGGCACUGGGAUGUAGCAACGGGUAUGCUAUUGAAGACGUACGCAAUGGAACCAACACCUCACCUAUCCUUUCUAAACGAAUCAACUAUCAUCACCGACAGGACCAUCACCUCUCUAGAUGACUUGUCUCAUCGCUCAGAGGCCGGUGGGGGUUUUGAGAAUCACGACGACUCUAAAGCCGUGGGAUGGACUUUAAGCGAGGACAGAUGCUGGGUCCAUUGCAAUGGCCGGAGCGUCCUUUGGCUGCCACCAGAAUAUCGUCCUGUGAGAUCAGCAGUGGCUACACAGAAACUUGCUAUUGGCUGCUCCUCAGGGAAUGUGUUGGUUCUAGGCUUUACAUCGGGCGUAUACGAGUGGAAUUCUCGUGAUUAG